AUGUCUGUGAAUAAUACUCAUCCUCUCCCGGUCUCCCCUUCCUCACAGUCCUCUUUCACCGACCCUCCACCCCGUCCAACCACCUCCUCCCGACCGAGCGACCAGUCCGUCGGCACAUCCGAUGACCACCCUAUAGAUGAGGCUCCACCCCAACACGCCUUGCCGAUCACCUCUCCAACCCACGAUGGCGCGACAGACGAGCCAGGCCAUGACGACGGCGCAGAGCACAACCCAAGGGUCCUCCCCCAGCCCUUCCAGCCAUUCUUCACUCUAAUCGAAGAUGCCCAUACAUCAGACCACCACCACCCAACGGUGCACUACAUAUUCUCUGAUGACGACACGGACAUCGUAACGGAAGCCGCUCUACGCAGCUUGGAGGCUCAACAAGAGGCUGUCCCGGGAUCCAAAAAGGUGGACGGGCGUACGACAAACCCAUCGCACAACCCCGCAGAACAACACGACAAUGACAAGUCCGCACUCCUCCCGCCGCCGAUACCGGGGGUCCGCGAUAACUACAUCGUGCUAGACGUCGAACCGGUGCCCGUUACCCCAGCGGGGACUACACCACCCGACCCAUGCACAGCCGCGCCCCUCACAGCCGGCGCAGGUGGUACAAAGUCCAUGUCCACGUCACCGGCGAACCCGUCCACGCUCGCAUCCCAACAUCCAUCCCCAGGGCCGACCGUACCACAGCCCCAGUACCGUGUAACGUCGGCGAAGAGUUUCUCGCCGACGUGGCAGGUACUAAGCAGUGAGAUGGUAGCGGCGCCUACAUUCGAGAACCAGAAUACCAGUGACGCGCCGGGACACGGAUUGAUGUUGAAGAUUUACGGGACGGCGGGGAUUCCGGGGGACGUGGGGAAGGAGAAGGGGGAGAGGGGGACGCCUCGGUUAGAGGAUAUGAUGGAUCAGUUUGCGAAGAGGAUGCGCGAGUUGCAGAUGGUUAUUGAUGCGGCGGAUGUGGCGCCUCCCGAGGAAGGGGAGGGGGAAGGCGAGGGGGGACGUGAUGAAGAAAGUCAAGGACUGCUGGGGCAGAAGACAGCCACAGAUGAACAUACAGUGGGUGACGAGGCUGCGAAGCAAGGGAGGGGUACAGAAUGA